AUGAGCGGAUCUGAGACGGAAACGUUUCCUUUGGAAUCGGUCACGAACGCCCAGUUACAGCAGCUGGGAGAGGCUCUAUGGAGUUGGAAACCACGUUCCAAUGGCACAAGUCAAUCUGGCGUGGUUACGACACAUUUGCGUCCCGACUUGACAAAGUUCGGACCUUACUUUCAAUACUACAGGGAAAUGACGGCCUCAUACAUUUCCGAUGCCUUCCCCCCUGAAGAGAUCAAGGCUUUGAGAUCUCAUGAUGAUUUACUCGCCAUCAUCAACUUGAUCAGGUCAAACCCCGAUACGCAGAGAAGCGAGUUGACAACGAAGUACUUCUCAAGUCGACAAAUUUUUGAAGAAACUCCGCCUGAAGAUAAGCAGAGGGCCUUCAAUCUAGCUAUGAGGGUCCUGAUGAUGAUUAGCUGUUCGUCUGAGGGGCUGACAGACGAUCUGCUCCCGCUGGGAACUGAGUCCAGCAUCUGGCGGAGGGACCAAUCUGCAAGGGAAUUUGUCUCCGGAGUAUUUUCGACAAGGAAUCACCCGAGCCUAAAUGAAGUCGAUGAGUCCCUGCCCAAUAUUCAAUUAUCUUUAAGAGCAGUCGGGCUGAAGAAAGUAGCCCACUUGUCGUUCCACAGCACAGACGACCUCCGAAAUCACCUGCGCCUCGACCCCAGGACAGGCGUUGUCGAAAUCUUCCAUCAUACUACUUUCCUCAAGGAGUCACUUAAAGCUUCGAAGAAUAGUGCUGAACAAUGCAUCUUGCCGCGACAACUUGCUCUAGAAACCCUCGACUCGCUCCAGAAAGUCCUUUUCCCUCCGGAUAAAGACUCGCGUGCUUUACUUCGAUCACUGGUUUCAAAGGCAUCCUUCGACCCCGACUGUUUGUGUCUGAGCUCAGUCUCAUACCGCUCCAAUGAUGAAAGAGAUCUUUCUUAUCAUUACUGGGGCUCCCGACUCAUGGAUCUUUAUGACGAGCUUGAAAACCCGAGGCCCCGAGGUCUCAUCGACAUUUGGCUGGAGCAGCGGAGUAAGGCGAGACAUGUCAUGCUUGCGACACUGGUGGGAGUAGUCAUUGCAGUCGUUUUGGGGAUGUUAGGGUUGGUGGUCGGCAUUUUCCAAGCCUGGGUGGCUUAUCAAGCCUGGAAACAUCCUGUGAAUGUAUAA